CGAGCUCGGGUUUCGGCGCUGACCCGAGCCGGGUUCGAGUAUCCGCGCCACGCCAUGGCGACCGAGGGCAAGGGCGCGCUCAUCUCGGUCAUAGGCGACGAGGACACCGUCACCGGCUUCCUCCUCGCGGGCGUCGGCGAGGUGGACGUGCGACGCAGGACCAACUACCUCGUCGUGGGGGACAAGACCACGACGAAACAGAUCGAGGAGGCGUUCAAGGAGAUGACGUCGAGGGAGGACGUCGCGGUGGUGCUGAUAUCGCAGUUCGCCGCGGAUAGCAUACGGUACCUGGUGAACGAGUACGACAAGCCCAUCCCGGCGGUGCUCGAGAUCCCGUCCAAGGACAGGCCGUACGACGCCACGAAGGACUCGGUGCUGCAGAGGGUGCACCACCUCAUGGGCGCGGAGGACGCGGCGGCGACGACGACGGCCACCGGCGCCAGGUGAACGACGCGGGUAGACGGGGGAGACGUAGAGACGAACGGCCGCGGGAGCGGACCGCGGGCUCGGGCGAGAUCAGCGCGGUUCACCUUACGUUAGAAAUUGACGUCCUUCG